GCCUUGUUUGGGGAUAGGGGCAAGCUUUGCUGACACAGCAAGUUUUGCCUGACCAUCCUGCCCCUCCUCCGAUCCAAUCCAUCCGGUUUGAAAAUUGACCGCGGCCGUUUUUUACUUUUUUUUUUUACGGUUCCGCGCUGCCCCAAUCCGCUGCCCGUAAAAUGUAAAACGCAAUGGUGGCCACAGCUGCCAUUUUCUUCAACGGAUGAUAGAUAAGUUGCUUUCUUUCAACCGAAAGUGUUUUCAAAAAACAAAAGCAACAUGUUUUUUGCGCUUUGAUUUCCGUGCAAGCAAAGCUUCCGGUUUAUUAUUAUUUUUUGUUAUCUUCAACCGACGGCUGAGCGGUGAAGAAGAGUUUGGUCCAGUUGCAGGUCCCUCCCUCAUCGGCAUGCGCUGAACUUUCCUCUCCGAAACCCUAGUUUUCGCGCUCCUCUGCUGCCUCCGCCCUUCAUGGGUCGCGAAACGCCGCCCUCGCCACCGCCGGCGACGUCGCUGGCGCCCGGGUUUAGGUUCCACCCCACGGACGAGGAGCUCGUGCGGUAUUAUUUGAAGCGGAAGGUGAGUGGCAAGUCCUUUCGCUUCGACGCCGUCUCCGAGGCCGAUAUCUACAAGUCCGAGCCGUGGGACCUUCCAGGUAAGUCAAGGUUGAAGUCCAGGGACCUAGAGUGGUACUUCUUCGGUGCCCUGGACAAGAAGUACGGCAAUGGUGCUAGGAUGAAUAGGGCUACCAACAAGGGAUACUGGAAGACAACUGGCAAGGACAGGGCAGUCCGUCAUAAGUCACGGAUUGUUGGGAUGAAGAAGACUCUUGUGUUCCACAGUGGACGAGCUCCUGGUGGAGAACGGACCAACUGGGUAAUGCAUGAGUAUAGACUUGUGGAUGAGGAGUUGGAGAGGGCUGGCAUUGCACAGGAUGCAUUCGUGCUGUGUAGAAUUUUUCAAAAGAGUGGUUUAGGGCCACCGAACGGGGAUCGAUAUGCACCUUUUAUUGAGGAAGAAUGGGAUAAUGAUGCGUCAGUCUUGGUUCCAGGGGAAGAGGGUGGCGAUGAAGAAGUAGGUGGCGAUGAUGCUUGUGUUGAAGGGAUUGACCUUGAGCGGGACAUUAGUCAGUCUGUCAAGACAGAGAGUUUGGAGGAUUGUCCUCCACUAUCUUUGGCAGCCCCAGAACCCUUCCCAAUACUCCCAAAAAAGAGAUCAAGGGAAAAUGAUCCAGAGCCUGGCCAGUCAAACGCUUCAGAAAAUACAACCAUGACUGCUCAUGAUCGCAGCUCAUCCACUACAACAGCAACAGCAGCUGCAACUACAACAACAGCAAAAACUCCAAUGAUGACGACAACUACUAGGGCAAAUUUUUCAACCACACUCUUGGAAUUCCCACUGUUGGAAACUAUUGAUCGCAGAGAUAGUCCUCCAGUUAAUCUGCCGACUUUUAAUCCUGGUAGUAUGACCCCAUAUUUACCUCCUGCCUAUAUGAAAUUGUUUAGUGAUUUGCGCAAUGAGAUCCACAACAUUUCAGCUGAAAAAGCUGCAUUCAAGAUCGAACUGAUGAGUGCUCAAGCCAUGAUUAACAUUCUCCAAUCACGAAUCGAUUUUCUGGGCAAGGAAAAUGAGGAGUUGAGGAGGAGUGCCUAAGAUGUCUAGCAAGGGGUCUGUAGCGGCCUUGUGUACUUGUUUUGUAAUUCCUUUCCAUCAUGGAACAUAUGAAGCUUGUUGGCUGUUGAUGGGGCAUAGCCCACCAAGCUACUUGUUUUUAGUGUACCAGUACGCUGUAAGAUUAGGUCAUUCACCUGCUCUAAAACAAAUGAGGAUCUGAAGUAUGCUUGCCAUUUCUUCCUCAUAUUAUUAUUAUUUUUUUUUCCAUUAAUGUAAAAAUUGUUAGGUUUUACUUGGCA